AUGCUGUGGCACUGUGUCCGCCAAUUUGGUCAGAAGCUGGUGCGCAGACGGCCCCUGGUACUGGGCGAGGGAUCUGAAACUCGCCUGUCCCGCUGUCUGAACACCCUGGAUCUGGUGGCACUGGGUGUGGGAAGCACCCUAGGAGCAGGCGUGUAUGUCCUGGCUGGGGAGGUGGCCCGAGAGAAAGCUGGACCAUCCAUUGUCAUCUGCUUCUUGGUGGCUGCCCUGACUUCUGUGUUGUCUGGACUCUGCUAUGCAGAGUUUGGGGCCCGGGUACCGUGUUCCGGUUCUGCAUAUCUCUACAGUUAUGUCACAGUGGGCCAACUGUUGGCUUUCAUCACUGGCUGGAACCUCAUACUCUCCUAUGUCAUUGGUGCGGCCAGCGUGGCCCGGGCCUGGAGCAUUGCCUUUGACAGCCUCACGGGGAACCACAUUUCCCAGGCCUUUAAGGGUAUCUUCUCUCUGCAUGAGUCAAGCAUCCUUGCUAAGUAUCCAGACUUUUUUGCUCUGGGCCUGGUGCUGCUCCUGACUGGACUGCUGGCUCUGGGAGCACGAGAGUCGGCUCUGGUCAGCAGAGUAUUCACAGGGGUGAACCUGUUGGUGUUGAGCUUUGUGGCCCUCUCUGGCUUCAUUAAAGGAGAUCUGCACAACUGGCAGCUCACACAGCAGGACUAUGAGCUGGCUGAGUCUAGGCCCAAUGGUACUAACAGCUUGGGGCCUCUGGGCUCCGGAGGGUUCGUGCCUUUUGGCUUGGAUGGGAUUCUCCGUGGGGCAGCCACAUGCUUUUUUGCCUUCAUUGGGUUCGAUUGCAUCGCGACUACAGGGGAGGAGGCCCGUCACCCUCAGCGUUCCCUUCCACUCGGCAUCGUUAUCUCACUCUUCAUCUGCUUUUUGAUGUACUUUGGUGUCUCCGCGUCACUCACCCUCAUGAUGCCCUACUACCAGAUUCAUCCUGAGGGCCCUUUGCCCGAUGCCUUUGUCCACAUUGGGUGGGCCCCUGCCCGAUACGCAGUGGCCAUUGGCACCCUCUGUGCCCUUUCUUCCAGCCUCCUGGGUGCCAUGUUCCCCAUGCCUCGGGUGAUCUAUGCCAUGGCAGAAGAUGGGCUUCUCUUCCGGAAGCUAGCCUGUAUCCACAGCCGCACGCACACUCCCAUGGUGGCCACCAUCACUUCUGGAGUCAUUGCAGCUCUCAUGGCUUUCCUUUUUGAGCUCAGCGAUCUUGUGGACCUCACAUCCAUUGGAACCCUACUUGCUUAUUCCUUGGUGGAUUUUUCUGUUCUGGUUCUCAGGUACCAGCCAGAUGAGAGGCUGAGAUCUGGCAAGAAUGAGAAAACUGAGAGGGAAGUGCUUGAGAUGAAGACAGUUCCUGAAAUGAUAUCUUCGGAACCGAGUUCUGAAGCAGGGAGCUUAGGGAUUCUAAGGAACCUGUGUAACCCCACGGAUGCCAUCCCCACUCUGAAGUCUGGCUGGGUUGUCUAUGGUUGUGCCUCCCUGCUUGUCCUCCUGCUGACCAUUCUGUGCCUGGUCCUGGCCCAGUGGCCUCAGGAUCUGUUCUCUGGAGACCCAGUUUAUAUGACACUGGCCGUCCUGCUUUUGGGGUUCAUUGCUGGGAUGACAGUUGUCAUCUGGAGACAGCCCCAGAAUUCCACUCCUCUGCACUUCAAGGUCCCUGCACUGCCCACUCUCCCCCUGCUGAGCAUUUUCGUCAACGUCUACUUGAUGAUGCAGAUGACCGUUGGGACCUGGGCCCAGUUUGGAGUCUGGAUGGUGAUUGGAUUUGCAAUAUAUUUUGGAUAUGGGAUCUGGCACAGCCUGGAGGAGAAUGAGCAGCAGCCGCCACCAGCCUCAAGCUCCCAGAUUCUCCAUGAAAAUAACCCAGCACUGAAUUAG